GCUUGUCCUCCACGAUCAUACACUUUCAAACCACGAUAUUGCAAUCAUGUCUGCUGCACAGAAGCCAGAGUUCCCGGUGAACGUCAGAGAGGCUACUGAAGCCGACAUCCCAACGAUUUUGCGAUUCAUUAAAGAUCUUGCCAUUUACGAAAAAGCAGAAGAAGAGGCGAAAGCAACUCCAGAACUUCUGAUUGAGAAUGUAUUCAAGAAAAAGUAUGCGCAUGCAUUGAUUUGCGAAGAUAUUACCAACGCAAACACGCCCAUCGGUAUGGCAUUGUACUUUUUCAGCUUUUCUACUUGGACGGGUAAACCAUCUUUGUACUUAGAAGAUCUUUAUGUUGAUCCUUCGGUCCGUAACAGAGGAGCAGGAAAGGCACUCUUUAGAGCGUUGGGAAAAGUAGCAGAAGAAAAUGAUUGUCAACGAAUGGAUUGGUCAGUCUUGAAUUGGAAUGCGCCAAGUAUUGCAUUUUAUGAAGAAGUCUUGGGUGCAAUUCCGAUGAAAGAAUGGACACAAGAACGCUUAGACUUGGACGGAAUACACAGAUUAAGAUCACUCAAAUAAAUAGACGUUUGGACAAUACUGUUGUUG